GAUUUGUGUGUGUUUUUCCUUUUCUUUUUAUGUAACAUAGAUUUUGAUUGAGACAAAUGGGAGAUUUUGGGAGUUACUUUUCUUGCUCUAGUCUCUUGUGUCAUGAAACCGAAGAAGAAGCUUGUUGUUUCGAAACAGAAGCAGACGACGACGAUGAAAUUCUUUACUUGAAUGAUAAGGACGACGAGUAUAUUGAGAGUUUGAUUCAAAGAGAAACUUCUACUACAUCUUCUAGUGGUUAUCCGAUUACCGAUCGAGACAACUGGCUGCGAUGUGCUCGCUUAAAUGCCAUUGAAUGGAUCUUCAAUACAAAAACACUCUUUGGGUUUCAAAUCCAUACGGCAUAUCUGUCUGUAGUAUACUUCGAUCGAUUUCUCUCAAAGAAAUCAAUUGAUGAUGGGAAAUUGUGGGCUAUACGAUUGUUGUCGGUGGCAUGUUUAUCAAUAGCAACAAAAAUGGAGGAGUGCAGAGUACCUGUUUUAUCACAAUUUCCCACACAAGAUUACCAGUUCGAAAGUAAAACGAUUCAAAGAAUGGAGCUAUUGGUACUCACUACUUUGGAAUGGAAAAUGAGUUGUGCAACGCCUUUCGCUUAUUUAUCUUUCUUCAUCCAUAAAUUUUAUGGUGAAUCUAGACGAAAAGGAUUAGUCUCAAAAGCUCUGCAGCAUAUUGUGGUUAUAGUAAAAGAUAUCAAUUCAGUCGGGCAUCGGUCAUCGGUUAUUGCUGCAGCGGCUGUGUUGGCCGCUUCUUGUGACGAAAGAUUAACAAGAAAAACAAUGGAGUUCAAGAUGGAUUUCAUUUCAUUCUGGGGAUCUCUAGAAACUGAACAUGUGUUUUCCUGCUAUAACAUGAUGCAGGAAAUAGAGACGGGAAAAUCCAAGACACCAAAAUCAGUUAUUUCCUCAAAUUAUUCUUCACUAUAUCUUUCGACUGAGAACUCCUCUGCUGUCAGGAUUGGGACUAAGAGAAAACUUACUUUCAAAGAGUGUGAUCAAUGAAACUCUGUCAGCCAUCUUUUUUACUGAUUGCAUUAUUUUUACUAAAGAAAGGGAAGGACAUUCUGUUUCUUGGAAUUGGAUUUUAGGUAUAGGUUUCAUCAGUGUUUUGAUGGGAUUUCAUUAUGAUUUUGUUGUUGGAUGAUUUAAAGGUUCCGUUUUCCAAUAAUAAAAGAAUGUUUUUUAACCUCUGGCAAACAAGAAGAUUAAAAAAAG